UUGGAGGCGCGGAACCUCCGUUCCCGGCAAAGCGGGAAUCUUUUUCAUUAUCUUUUUUGCGGACCGUUUUUUUUUAAAAAAAAAACAACGAGGCCUAGUCUGGGAAGCAAGGGUUGCCGUAGCAACCGCCGGGCCUUGUCGCGAUGCGCUUGCGCGGGGCCAGCAUGGCGGUGCGGCUGGCUCCGCGCCGUUGGUUCGGUCGGGAGCCGUUCACUCAGUUGCCCGGAGGAGGCGGAGGGGUUGCCGGCGUGCAGGAGCUCUUGGAAAACGCCACCGUCGAAGUGGACGAGAAGACGCGGAAGGCGCAGCGCGCCGUCCCCGAGGAAACCUCCGUGUUGCUCUUUCCCGGCCAGGGCAGCCAGUUCGUGGGAAUGGGACGCGGGUUGCUGCGGUAUCCCAACGUGCGGGAGCUGUUCCGCGUGGCCGAGGCAGUGCUCGGCUACGACCUGUGGAGCCUCUGUCAGGACGGCCCCAGCGCCCGGCUGCACCGCACCGUCCACAGCCAGCCCGCCGUCUUCGUCUGCUCUUUGGCUGCCGUGGAGAAGCUGCACCAUCAGCAGCCCUGGGUUGUUGAGAGCUGUGUUGCGGCUGCUGGAUUCAGCAUUGGAGAAUAUGCUGCCCUUGUUUUUGCAGGAGCCAUAGAUUAUGCAGAAGCCCUGUAUGCUGUCAAGACACGGGCUGAAGCCAUGCAAGAGGCCUCUGAAGUUAUACCAAGUGGGAUGCUCUCUGUUAUUGGCCGAAGAGAUUCAGAUUAUAAAACUGCUUGUUUGGAAGCUCGUGAAUACUGCAAGACAGUGGGCAUAGAAGACCCUGUAUGUGAAGUUUCAAACUACUUGUUUCCAGACAGCAGAGUUAUUGCAGGACACUUACAGGCUUUGGAAUUCUUACAGAAAAAUUCAAGGAAGUUCUCAUUUGCACGUGUAAAAAUGCUACCUGUGAGUGGUGCUUUUCACACCCGACUAAUGGAAUCAGCAAUGCAACCUUUAUCCGAAGCUCUUGAAUCAAUCAGCUUCCAACAACCCCUCAUCUCUGUCUAUUCAAAUGUGGAUAGCAAGAAAUACAGGCAACCGGAACAGAUUCAGCAUUGUUUAGUGGAACAAUUGGUUUCGCCAGUGAAAUGGGAACAAAUAAUGCACGCAAUCUAUGAAAGGAAUAAAGGAAAAAAGUUUCCUUAUACAUAUGAAGUGGGACCUGGAAAACAGUUAGGUGCAAUUCUAAGAAGCUGCAAUUUAAAGGCCUCAAAAUAUUAUAGUAAUAUUGAUGUUUCUGAAGAUGAAACAGAUGAAGAAACGUAGAGAUUCUUGGAAGAAAUGGAAAGUAAUUUGCUGCCUGCAUAACUUCUUUGCACAGGUUUAUUGUCAUGCCUGGAGUGAAAGUAUUCUCCAUUGUAUUUCUGAGCCUUUCGUCAAAUUAACAUAUUUGCCUGUGAGUGCCUUACAUAUAUUUGAUAUAUACCAUAUUUUUCAGAGUAUAAGACGCACCCCCCCCCAAAAAAAAGAGGGUGAAAAUUUGGGUGCGUCUUAUACUCCGAAUAUAGCUUCACCCACCUGCCGGCCCCCACCCUUUGGCCUCUGCCUCCCAGCAAUUUACUCCUUGCAGCAAACAGCAAAACAGCCCAUUUCAGCUUCAGCACAGCGUGAUUAGCACAAGCAGUUGAUUGUCGGUUGGAUCGGCCUCCCGACCCUCAGCUGUUUCAGGCUGCAGGGAUUGCCAUUGCCUAUUGCCUCGCAGGCCUCCACUGCUUGCUGCAAACAGGCAAAUUGCUGGGAGGCAGAUUUUUUUUUUUUUUCAUGUGCUAAUCACGCUAUGGUGAAAAUGAAACUAAAGCAGGCUGUUUGCUGCAAUGAGGCAAACUGGGAGGCAGAGUUAUUGUGAGUGUUUUAUGAGUCUUCUGUGUGUCCUUUUGCUGUAAAAUUUUUAUCUAGAAUCAACAAUUAGCUGGAAUUUAAAAAGCAUUUCACUAACUUAAUUAAAAUGUUACCUGAAGGAAAAUAGAGGGGAAAAGCUUUACAUCUGACAGAUUGUAUGCUGAAUAAUUUACUGAUUCUGAUUACAAUACCAAUCUAUGCAAAGAAAAAAAAUCUUAAAAACAGUUCCAAACUGGUAAAAUUUCAUAUUAUUUCCCAUAUCCAUGCACUAGUGUGUAUCUUGUUUUCCUCCCCAAAAAAGGUAGGUGCGUCUUAUAGUCCGGAGCAUCUUAUACUCCGAAAAAUACAGUACUUAUUUAACAGGCCUAAUCCCCUUCACCUAGUUGUCCUGGUGACAUAAGUGAAGAGUAAAAGCUACAUGUGCAGCCUGCCUAACCUCAUGGAGUCUUUUCUUCCACCUGAGGACAAUGUAAGCUUAUAUGACAACACCUGUAUAUUUCAUGAGGAUAAUGAGGUAUUCUGGCAUUCCCAUUUUUCUGAGCAUAUUCCAUAGAUUGACACAAUAAAAAGACCUUUCUAUAA